GCCGCUGCCUGCCCGCCCCCGCCGGCCGAGGCUGGGCUGCGGGAGGCGGCCGGGCAGCCCCGAGCCUAGCGAGGGCGACCACAACAAAGGCAGCAUCCGGGGCUGGGUGGAUGCAAACAACCAUGAGAGACUGGGCUCGCCGUCUCCCCGGCUCCGCUGCUGCCGCCGCUGCCGCUCCUCCUCCCGCCGCCCGGAGGGCUCCGCUGUGAAGCGAAGGGAGGCAGGGGCGCCGCGCUGCUGGGCGUGCAUCCGAAAGGUGAGAGCCCGGAGCCCGAGGAGGGGGCGGGCAGGCCACGACCAUGUCUUCGGCCGUGGGGCCCCGCGGUGCUCGCCCACCCACCGUGCCUCCCCCCAUGCAAGAGCUGCCCGACCUGAGCCACCUGACCGAGGAGGAGAGGAACAUUAUCAUGGCAGUGAUGGACCGGCAGAAGGAAGAGGAGGAAAAAGAAGAAGCCAUGCUCAAGUGUGUUGUCAGGGACAUGGCGAAGCCUGCUGCCUGCAAAACACCAAGAAAUGCUGAAAACCAGCCCCACCAACCUUCACCGAGAUUGCAUCAACAAUUUGAAAGCUAUAAGGAACAAGUGAGAAAAAUAGGGGAAGAAGCACGGCGUUACCAGGGCGAGCACAAAGACGAUGCUCCGACUUGUGGCAUCUGUCACAAAACAAAGUUUGCUGAUGGGUGCGGCCACCUCUGCUCCUACUGCCGCACCAAAUUCUGCGCCCGUUGCGGAGGCCGCGUGUCUCUGCGAUCGAACAACGAGGACAAAGUGGUUAUGUGGGUAUGCAAUUUAUGUCGAAAGCAACAAGAAAUCUUAACCAAAUCUGGGGCCUGGUUCUUUGGAAGUGGCCCUCAGCAGCCCAGUCAGGAUGGAACCCUAAGUGAUACAGCUACAGGUGCUGGUUCCGAGGUUCCCAGAGAAAAGAAAGCCCGGCUCCAGGAGCGAUCACGGUCUCAGACUCCCCUAAGCACCGCAGCUGCCUCCUCCCAGGACACCGCUCCUCCCAGUGCACAACCAGACAGGAGCAAGGGGGCUGAGCCCUCCCAGCAAGCCAUGGGGCCAGAACAGAAGCAGGCUGCAUCCAGGUCUAGAAGUGAACCUCCAAGAGAGAGGAAGAAGACGCCUGGGCUCCCUGAACAGAAUGGCAAAGGAGCCCCAAAGAGCGAGCGGAAACGCGUGCCAAAGACCUCAGUGCCACCGGGCGAGGGGGCCUUGGAAGACCGGGAGCGGAAAGAAAGGCGGGAAAGCCGGAGGCUGGAGAAAGGCCGGUCCCAGGACUUCUCCGACCUGCCGGGAAAGCGAGAGGAGGGCAAAGCGGCGGUCGAUGAGAAGCAGAGGAGCGAGGAGUACCAGACCCGGUACCGCAGCGACCCGAACCUGGCGCGGUACCCCGUGAAAGCGCCGCUGGAGGAGCAGCAGAUGCGCAUGCACGCCCGGGUGUCCCGCGCCAGGCACGAGCGGCGCCACAGCGACGUGGCGCUCCCGCACACCGAGGCGGGCGCCGCGCCCCCCGAGAGCAAGGCGGCCAAGCGCGCCCCCGCCGGCCCCAGGGCCGGGCCGCCCGACGCGCCGCGGACCUACCCGGCCGAGAGGACUGCGGACGCCCGGGCGCCCGGCGCCAAGCCGCUAACGAACCCCAGCCCGCCGGCGCCCAGGCAUGGGCCGGCCCCCGCACCAGCCCUGGAGCCCAAAGCCCAGGAGCCCCUCAGGAAGCAGAGCCGCCUGGACCCCAGCUCGGCCGUGCUUAUCCGCAAGGCCAAGCGCGAGAAGGUGGAGACGAUGCUGCGGAACGACUCGCUGAGCUCCGACCAGUCCGAGUCGGUGCGGCCGUCCCCGCCCAAGCCGCACCGGCCCAAGAGGGGCGGCAAGAAGCGGCAGAUGUCGGUGAGCAGCUCGGAGGAGGAGGGCGUGUCCACGCCGGAGUACACCAGCUGCGAGGACGUGGAGCUGGAGAGCGAGAGCGUCAGCGAGAAAGGUGACUUGGAUUAUUACUGGUUGGAUCCUGCCACGUGGCAUAGUCGGGAAACAUCACCGAUUAGUUCGCAUCCUGUAACGUGGCAACCAUCUAAAGAGGGAGACCGAUUAAUUGGACGUGUUAUUCUUAACAAGAGGACAACUAUGCCCAAAGAAUCAGGUGCAUUACUGGGUCUGAAAGUUGUUGGAGGAAAAAUGACUGACUUAGGACGCCUUGGUGCCUUCAUCACCAAAGUAAAGAAGGGUAGCCUUGCAGAUGUAGUUGGACAUUUAAGAGCAGGGGAUGAAGUUCUAGAAUGGAAUGGUAAACCCCUGCCGGGAGCUACAAAUGAAGAAGUUUACAACAUUAUUUUAGAAUCAAAAUCAGAACCUCAAGUUGAAAUUAUUGUUUCAAGGCCUAUUGGUGACAUUCCAAGGAUUCCUGAGAGCUCCCACCCGCCCUUGGAAUCCAGUUCAAGUUCUUUUGAAUCUCAGAAGAUGGAAAGGCCUUCCAUUUCUGUUAUUUCUCCAACAAGUCCUGGAGCUCUAAAAGAUGCCCCGCAAGUCUUACCAGGACAACUUUCUGUGAAACUGUGGUAUGAUAAAGUGGGACACCAGCUGAUUGUAAAUGUUCUGCAAGCAACAGAUCUACCUUCCAGGGUAGAUGGGCGGCCCAGGAAUCCCUAUGUAAAAAUGUAUUUUCUUCCAGAUAGAAGUGAUAAAAGUAAGAGGAGGACCAAAACCGUAAAGAAAGUACUAGAACCAAAAUGGAAUCAAACUUUUGUCUAUUCACAUGUACAUCGUAGAGAUUUUAGAGAACGCAUGUUAGAAAUAACUGUGUGGGAUCAACCAAGAGUGCAAGAAGAAGAGAGCGAAUUUCUCGGAGAGAUCCUCAUAGAAUUGGAGACAGCACUUUUAGACGAUGAACCACAUUGGUAUAAACUGCAGACACAUGAUGAAUCUUCACUACCUCUGCCUCAGCCAUCACCUUUCAUGCCAAGGCGACACAUUCAUGGAGAAAGCUCCAGCAAAAAACUGCAAAGAUCUCAGCGAAUCAGUGAUAGUGACAUCUCAGAUUAUGAGGUGGAUGAUGGUAUUGGAGUAGUGCCUCCAGUAGGUUAUAGGUCUAGUGCUAGAGAAAGUAAAUCUACAACAUUAACUGUGCCAGAACAGCAAAGAACAACUCAUCACCGCUCACGCUCAGUAUCUCCUCAUCGCGGCGAUGAUCAGGGAAGGCCGCGUUCACGUUUACCAAAUGUGCCAUUACAGAGGAGUUUAGAUGAAAUUCAUCCAACAAGAAGGUCACGUUCUCCAACCAGACACCAUGAUGCCUCUAGAAGUCCAGUUGAUCACAGAUCCAGAGAUGUGGAUAGUCAGUAUUUAUCUGAACAAGACAGUGAGCUUCUUAUGCUGCCCAGAGCAAAACGAGGACGAAGUGCAGAAUGCCUACAUACUACCAGUGAACUGCAGCCCUCCCUUGACAGGGCUAGGAGUGCUAGUACCAACUGCUUGAGACCAGAUACUAGUUUGCAUUCACCAGAACGAGAAAGGGGUAGAUGGUCCCCCUCCCUAGAUAGGAGACGACCUCCUAGUCCCAGGAUUCAAAUCCAGCAUGCUUCUCCGGAGAAUGACAGGCACUCCAGAAAAUCUGAAAGAUCUAGCAUCCAAAAACAGACUAGGAAAGGCAUUGCUUCUGAUGCAGAAAGGGUUCUCCCACCAUGUCUUUCUAGAAGGGGAUACGCAGCCCCAAGAGCGACUGAUCAGCCAGUCCUUAGGGGAAAGCACCCCGCUCGCUCGAGGUCGAGUGAGCAGUCUAGGGUCAGAACCCUGUGUUCUGCCCACCACCUUGCCCCCGGAGGGUCGGCGCCACCUUCUCCGCUUCUGACCAGGACACACAGACAAGGAAGUCCAUCCCACUCUCCUCCCGCGGACACUUCCUUCAGCAGCCGGAGGGGCAGACAGCUCCCACAAGUGCCCGUGAGAAGCGGCAGUAUAGAACAAGCAAGCUUAGUAGUGGAGGAGCGAACAAGACAGAUGAAAAUGAAAGUGCAUCGAUUUAAGCAGACAACAGGGUCUGGUUCUAGUCAAGAACUUGAUCGCGAGCAAUAUUCCAAGUAUAGCAUACAUAAAGAUCAGUACAGAAGCUGUGAUAACGUCUCUGCCAAAUCAUCAGAUAGUGAUGUCAGUGAUGUGUCCGCCAUUUCCAGAACCAGCAGUGCCUCUCGCCUCAGCAGCACAAGCUUUAUGUCAGAGCAGUCUGAGCGCCCCAGGGGUAGAAUCAGUUCAUUUACCCCUAAAAUGCAAGGCAGACGGAUGGGGACUUCAGGAAGAGCCAUCACGAAGAGCACCAGUGUGAGUGGAGAGAUGUACACACUGGAGCAUAAUGAUGGCAGCCAGUCGGACACAGCCGUGGGGACCGUAGGAGCAGGUGGGAAGAAACGGAGGUCCAGCCUGAGCGCCAAGGUGGUCGCCAUAGUGUCUCGACGGAGUAGAAGCACAUCCCAACUAAGCCAAACAGAGUCGGGCCACAAGAAGUUAAAAAGCACCAUCCAGAGAAGCACAGAAACGGGAAUGGCAGCUGAAAUGAGGAAGAUGGUAAGACAACCAAGUCGAGAGUCUACGGAUGGCAGCAUCAACAGUUACAGCUCCGAGGGAAACUUAAUAUUCCCUGGAGUGAGACUAGGAGCGGACAGUCAAUUUAGUGAUUUUCUCGAUGGGCUGGGACCCGCCCAGCUGGUUGGCCGCCAAACCCUCGCCACCCCUGCAAUGGGCGAUAUACAAAUUGGAAUGGAGGAUAAAAAGGGCCAAUUAGAAGUUGAAGUGAUUAGAGCACGAAGCCUCACGCAAAAACCUGGCUCCAAAUCUACACCUGCUCCAUAUGUCAAGGUAUAUCUUUUGGAAAACGGGGCCUGUAUAGCCAAGAAGAAGACAAGAAUUGCACGGAAAACCCUUGAUCCUUUGUAUCAGCAAUCCCUGGUGUUUGAUGAAAGUCCGCAGGGUAAAGUUCUUCAGGUGAUCGUCUGGGGAGACUAUGGAAGAAUGGACCAUAAAUGCUUUAUGGGUGUGGCCCAGAUCUUAUUGGAAGAACUUGAUCUGUCCAGUAUGGUAAUCGGAUGGUACAAAUUGUUCCCACCGUCAUCGUUGGUGGAUCCCACACUCACUCCCCUAACCCGCCGGGCUUCCCAAUCAUCUCUGGAAAGUUCAACUGGGCCUCCCUGCAUUCGAUCGUAGUGAACUCAUACUAGAGUCAUUCCAAUAAAGCUCUACCUUUCAGGGUAAUGAUCGGAACCAGAUAUUUCAUGAUCAAAAGCAUUGUUGGAGACAGACAAUCAACUUGUGCUUUGCCUGUAGUAGUUUUUCAAUAAUGUGUCCCAACUGUUGUUUCAAAUCUGGCUUCAUAUGACAGAACAAGGCAGUGUAUCAGAUUACAAUAAGAGCCAACAAGCUAGUGAGAACCACUGAUGCUUCUAAAAAACAGAAAAAGAAGAAACUUCAAAUUCACACACACACACGCACACACGCACACACACACACACAUGCACACACGCAUUUAAGCCCACACGCACGCACCCCAAAUUGAACAAACUGGAAACUCUCGCUCUGUGAUAAGUUGUAUUUCACACGUUUUUACACAGACCACGAGCAGUGUUAUUUCCCUGGUGUUUGACAAGUUUUGUUCUUUUGUGUUUUGUUUCUGUGUGUGUUAUUUGUUGCUUUUGGAUUUGUUUUGUUUCGUUUUUUACUGAGUUUGUUAUUUACACUGGUUUUCGGCUGUGUCAUGACAGGCCUCGUGAUGCUUACAGAGACCCUUCCUUUCUUUUUCCAAACUCGCCACAAAAAGGGCUGAAGCAGCCUCUGUAGCAUCUCCCCUGCGUGUUCAACAGCUGAACAAGGCGAGGCCCCUGAAGGGCUCCACUGGCUUUCAUGCUAUAAUUCUUCAGUCUGAUGUGUGGAAACCCAGAAAACAAAAAAAGUUAUCUUCCAAAAAAAUAAUCCCUGAAUCACCAUGUUUAAUGGAGAGCACAUCUGUUCACAUUCUAAAAAUAUUUCUUUUCCAUUGUUCUGCAUGGAAGACUUUUAAAGGAGUCAAUCUGCAACUAAUGCUGGGAACUAAAAUUAACUGCAUAAUCGUACCUUGGAAACACUCCUUGUAAUGCCUUUUUCUUCCCGAUAUAAAAAAAAGUAUAUGCUCAUGUGUAUAAACCACACUUUUGACUUCAAAUGGUGAUUAAAAUGGAUUUGGACCUAAGACACUGUGGGCUAUGCCCGGGCUUCUCGGCCGUGCCUCAGUGCAGACACACCCGUCCACCCGGAAAGAGCAUGGUAUGAGCUGUUCAGUAUUUCACUGGAAAUUCCAGUUGAACUAUCCUGCACUAAACUAAUGUUUUUAUCGAAUUUUAGUUUACAUUUCUUUGAGAUCGAUGCAAGCACAAAGCUCGUUUUUGUUUUUUUUAAUGCAAAGUAUCUUACUUUUUUGGGGGGAGAUAAAACAAAGUCAAAUUUCAAUGUGCAUUUUCUUCAUCUGAGUUUUUCUUGGCCUUGACUUUCCCUUGUGGCAUUCUGUGUGUGCGUUCCAUACUGCAGACUGCAGGUGCAUUGACAUGUUCUCCUCCUUUUAUGAGUCAUUCAACUUUUGUGACUACACAGAUAGAGCAGCAUGACUUGGAACUGUUCAACGCUGCAUGCACAUUUUGUAAAAAAAAAUAAUAAUAAUAAUAAAAAAUGAAAGAGAAAAGAAACAAAAGGCUAUUUAAUAAUGUAUGUUAGUUCCAUCUAGGCCCGCUUGUAUGUUGCAUGUACUUGUACAUUUUGCUCGUUAAUUACUAUACUGAAAUAACCAAGAAAUCUAAGCCAUCCAUUUUUGUUAUAGGCAUUUUGCAGGUUUCUGACAGACUCGAUCUGUGAGCCUGGGGUGAAAUGUCUAUAGAUGGACUUUAUUUUUUACCCUCUGGAAAACGUGAUGUAGUAUGGACCAAAUUCCUUCUAAUAAAUAUUUUGGUGUAGAUUCUAACUGUGGGGCUGUGACACAUGUAGACACUGUGUACACACUAGGUUUUAAUCCAUAGACAUACUGCCUGCACCAAGUGAAUUCUUUAUCAUUAUUUACACACGCCAGAAUCACCUGCCCAUCAUUCCACAGGGCACAGACUGACCACUACUCACCAUGCUGAGCAGGAAGAACUGAGGCAUUGGUGCACUUCUACUAGACUCCGUUCUGUCUUAGUGGCCAACAAUCAACUAUAAUUGGGUAGUACCUUUCUAUUUUGACCACUUGUCUUAACACUCCCCUGUGCUUUUAAAUGAACUUCCAACUCAUGUAUGUAAACAUGUUUAAUAAAAUUUACUUUUCAUGUC